AUGGCUUUUGAUCCUCCUCCUAGAUUCCAACGAAAUAAGCCAACAAUCCUUUCAGAGGCUGACGCGGUGGAAUUCUAUAACCGCCAACAGUCAGCCCCACUCAAAGUACAACUUUUCAGUGUCAAUAGCACAGUGGAGAACUCUGCUCCGGAGAAGUAA